UUAUAUUUCGAUUCUGAUCGAACAAUGUAAAAAAGUAUUCGGUUUUAUGUUCUUCUCUUCGUCUCAGCCUUCUGCUUCUGCCCUUAAGAAUCGCCUCUACUCUCACAUCGCCGCGAGUUUCCAACUUUCUCCCUUACGGGGGAAUCUGCACUUCGAGCGUGACACUUGGCUGCGAUAUAGAUAGGCUGAGGGCUGAUGUGAAUCUGUGAUUCUUGAUUUAUAUAAUAUCUAAGAAGGCAGCUGAAGAAAAUAGCAGGUGUAAGUCAUGCAUAUUAUGAGGGAAUAUCGGCAUCUUCUCAAAGCUGUAGUGAAACAUGUUGGCAAGGAAGACUACAAGAGGCAUUUCAGAGAAUUUAUUUCUGAAGAGUUUCGAAAAAAUUCGAAGCUCUUAGACCCUUCAUCUAUACAACAGAAAAUAAAGCUUGCUCAUGAUUAUACUUUCCUGCUCAACAGUGUGCACCAUCACAAGGACUUACUCUUCUCGUACAAUAUUGCUGUUGAUAGAUCAGAUGAAAUGAAAAGAAUACUUGGAAAAUCAGCUGCCAGUGUGGGGCUUCAGCUUCCUGAGGUUUAUCAGCCUUGAGCAUUGCUGGAAACUAUUGAAACUGGAAUAGGAAAUACGUUGGCUACUGGAAUUCUUGUAUUUAAAGGAGGUGCAGUAGUUAGUAUAGUAAUGACACAACCAUUAAGAUAAAGCUGGUUUGGAAAAGCUUCGCCAUGAUGUAGAAAUUACUAUAUUCACGAGAAGAAAUGUAUGCCAGUGGACAACUGCAAGAGAAGGAGAGAAAGAAAGGAAAGAUGAAGAUGUGUAAUUAAAGGAUCCUGUUAAGAAAGAUUAUAUGAUCUCGAACAAAAUGGUGCAUGGAUAUUGAGGAAUAGAAUUAUUUUCCUAAGGAAAAAGAAAUAAGAAAUCUUGGUAAAGAACUAAUGUUAAAGAUUCAGUGAUUAAAGAUUGAACAGUUUAUCUGACUAUAGAUCCGUUGCAAUGACUUAAGAAUAUUGUGUUAUCAUGUAACUAGGAUUUAUUAAUACAAUCUUGUAUUCUUUCACA